AUGCCGGAGACACAGACAACGCAUCAAAUAAACAAAAAGACUGGUCGCCAGAAGAAGAGGAUUGGUCAAGCGAAAGGUACCAUGUGGAAACCUAAGACUGCGUGUGCUCUGUUCAACAUUUGCCUCGGGAUUUUUUUAGAACAAGACCCUGCUGUUGGUCGGGUCGUUGCAUUAGAUGAGGCACAUAAGUACAUGAAUUCCUCCCCAGAAUCCGCUGCUUUUACGAACAGCUUGUUAUCGACUGUACGCCUGCAGCGUCAUCUUGGGGCCCGAGUCAUAGUCUCCACGCAAGAGCCAACGGUAUCUACAGCACUUUUGAAUCUUUGCUCAACCACGAUUGUUCAUCGCUUCACCUCUCCUGAGUGGUUGCGUAUAUUGCAUAGACAUCUUGCCGCCGCUGCGUAUGAUUCACAGCAUGACGAACGAGUCUUUGCCGGGGCUAUGGACGACGAUGCCGAUGCAGCUGACUCGGAUACUCUAUUUCAUCGAAUUGUUCGAUUGCAAGUCGGCGAAGCUUUACUCUUCUCUCCAACUGCCAUGGUCAUUUCACAAGACUCUGAGGGUCAAGAGCCGACUUUCUGUUACCUAGGCGACAAGUAUGUAACAAUCAAAAUACGAGCAAGAGUGACUGAAGACGGGGGUAAAAGCGUACUGUCCUCAUAG